AUGAGCAGUGAUGCUGAGAUGGCCCAGUAUGGGCCAGCGGCCGUCUUUCUCCGCAAACCGGAGAAGGAGAGAAUCGAGGCUCAGAACCGCCCAUUUGAUGCCAGAACUGCCUGCUUUGUACCCGACGCCAAGGAGCUGUACAUCAAAGGCCUCAUUCAGAACAAAGAAGAUGGCAAAGUCACGGUGAAGACUGCAGCUGAUGAGAUUGUAACCGUGAAGGAGGAGGACUGCCAUCCCAUGAAUCCCCCGAAGUACGACAAGAUUGAGGACAUGGCCAUGAUGACGCACCUCAACGAGCCCUCUGUGCUGUUUAACCUCAAAGAUCGUUAUGCAGCGUGGAUGAUUUAUACGUACUCUGGGCUCUUCUGUGUCACUGUGAACCCGUACAAGUGGCUGCCGGUGUAUGACCCGAAGGUGGUGGCGGCCUACAGAGGGAAGAAGCGCAUGGAGGCCCCGCCUCAUAUUUUCUCUGUCUCUGAUAACGCAUAUCAAAAUAUGCUUACAGAUCGUGAGAACCAGUCUGUCCUGAUUACCGGAGAAUCCGGUGCAGGAAAGACUGUGAACACAAAACGUGUCAUCCAGUACUUUGCGACAAUCGCAGUGGCUGGAGGCGACAAGAAAGAGCACUCUUCUGGCAAAAUACAGGGGACGCUGGAAGAUCAAAUCAUUUCAGCGAAUCCUCUGCUAGAGGCUUUUGGGAAUGCCAAGACUGUGAGAAAUGACAACUCCUCACGAUUUGGUAAAUUUAUCAGAAUUCACUUUGGAACCACAGGAAAACUGGCUUCCGCAGAUAUUGAAACGUAUUUGCUGGAAAAGUCAAGAGUGACAUUCCAGUUGUCUGAAGAGAGGAGCUACCACAUCUUCUAUCAGAUAAUGACCGGCCACAAAGCAGAGCUCAUAGAAAUGCUUCUCAUAACAACAAACCCGUAUGACUUCCCGAUGAUCAGUCAGGGGCAGAUCACUGUGGCGAGCAUUGACGACAAAGAAGAGCUGGUGGCCACAGAUACUGCCACUGAUGUUCUGGGCUUCACCAAUGAAGAAAAACUAUCCAUCUACAAGCUGACUGGAGCUGUGAUGCAUUAUGGGAACAUGAAGUUCAAGCAGAAGCAGCGGGAGGAGCAGGCGGAGCCCGACGGCACCGAGGUGGCAGACAAAGUUGCUUUCCUCAUGGGCCUGAAUGCUGCAGACUUGGUGAAAGGACUUUGUUACCCCAGAGUGAAAGUCGGGAACGAGUACGUCACCAAAGGACAGACGGUCCCACAGGUCACCAAUUCAGUUGGUGCUCUGGCGAAGUCCGUCUACGAGAAGAUGUUCUUAUGGAUGGUGAUACGUAUCAACGAGAUGCUGGACACGAAGCAGCCGAGGCAGUUCUUCAUCGGGGUGUUGGACAUCGCUGGAUUUGAAAUAUUUGAUUACAACAGCAUGGAGCAACUGUGCAUCAACUUCACCAACGAGAAGCUGCAACAGUUUUUCAACCACCACAUGUUCGUGUUGGAGCAAGAGGAGUACAAGAAGGAAGGGAUUGACUGGGAGUUCAUUGACUUCGGCAUGGACCUGGCCGCCUGCAUUGAGCUUAUUGAAAAGCCAAUGGGGAUCUUCUCCAUCCUGGAAGAGGAGUGCAUGUUCCCAAAGGCCUCAGACACUUCUUUUAAGAACAAACUGUACGACCAACAUCUUGGAAAAAACAACGCUUUCCAAAAGCCGAAGGUCGUCAAAGGGAAACCCGAGGCUCACUUUACUCUAGUGCACUACGCCGGCAUGGUGGACUACAACAUCAGUGGCUGGCUGGAGAAGAACAAAGACCCUCUGAACGAGUCGGUGGUGCAACUUUACCAGAAGUCGUCAACCAAACUGCUGCAGUACUUAUAUGCUUCAUUUUCUGGCACUGAUGCAGAAUCGGGUGGAGACGCUGGUGGCAAAGGUGCAAAGAAAGGAGCGAAGAAGAAAGGCGGCUCGUUUCAGACGGUGUCUGCUGUUUUCAGGGAAAAUCUCGGAAAACUGAUGACCAACUUGAGGAGCACCCAUCCUCACUUUGUGCGCUGCCUGAUUCCAAAUGAGAUCAAAACACCAGGUAUCAUGGACAACCACCUGGUGAUCCACCAGCUGCGCUGUAACGGCGUGCUGGAGGGAAUCAGGAUCUGCAGGAAGGGAUUCCCCAGCAGGAUUAUUUAUGCAGACUUCAAGCAGAGAUACAAGAUCCUGAAUGCCAGUGCCAUCCCUGAGGGACAGUUCAUCGACGGAAAGAAAGCUGCUGAGAAGCUUCUCGGUUCAAUCGACAUUGACCACACGCAGUACAGAUUUGGAGCCACAAAGGUUUUCUUCAAAGCCGGGUUACUCGGCACUCUGGAGGAGCUGCGAGAUGAGAAACUGGUUUCUCUGGUGACACAGACUCAGGCCGUGUGUCGCGGUUAUCUCAUGAGGAAAGAAUUCUCCAAUCUAAUCGCUCAAAAAGACUGCGUCUGGAUCCUGCAGUACAACCUGCGAGCCUUCAUGAACGUGAAGCACUGGCCCUGGAUGAAGCUCUUCUUUAAGAUAAAGCCGCUUCUGAAGAGCGCCGAGACGGAGAAGGAGAUGGCCACCAUGAAGGAGGACUUCGUCAAAUGUAAAGAGGAUCUGGUGAAGUCGGAUUCCAAGAGGAAGGAGCUGGAGGAGAAGAUGGUUUCUCUGCUGCAGGAGAAGAAUAAUCUCCUUCUGCAAGUUCAAUCUGACUCAGAAAAUCUGUGUGAUGCAGAAGAGCGAUGCGAAGGCCUGAUCAAGAGCAAAAUCCAGCUGGAGGCCAAACUUAAAGAGGUGACGGAGCGGCUGGAGGACGAGGAGGACAUGAACGCCGAGCUGACCGCCAAGAAGAGAAAGCUGGAAGACGAAUGCUCCGAACUGAAGAAAGACAUCGAUGACCUGGAGAUAACUCUGGCCAAAGUGGAGAAGGAGAAGCACGCCACCGAGAACAAGGUUAAGAACCUGAUGGAGGAGCUGGCUGCUCAGGACGAAAACAUCGGCAAGCUAACCAAAGAAAAGCGAGCCCUGCAGGAGGCUCAUCAGCAGGCGCUGGAUGACCUGCAGGCCGAGGAGGACAAAGUGAACUCUCUGACCAAAGCCAAGGUCAAACUGGAGCAGCAAGUGGACGACCUGGAGGGUUCACUGGAGCAAGAGAAGAAGAUCCGCAUGGACAUGGAGCGAGCCAAGAGGAAGCUCGAAGGGGACCUGAAACUCACUCAAGAAUCCCUGAUGGACCUGGAAAAUGACAAACAGCAAUCUGAGGAGAAGAUUAAGAAGAAAGAGUUUGAAAACAAUGAGCUGGUCAGCAAAGUUGCAGACGAGCAGGCGAUCAACAACCAGCUGCAGAAGAAGAUGAAGGAGCUCCACGCUCGUAUCGAGGAGCUGGAGGAGGAGGUCGAGGCCGAGCGAGCCGUCCGAGCGAAGAUCGAGAAGCAGCGCUCCGACCUCUCCCGGGAGAUCGAGGAGAUCAGCGAGCGGCUGGAGGAGGCCGGAGGAGCCACGGCAGCGCAGGUGGAGAUGAACAAGAAGCGCGAGGCCGAGUUCCUUAAGCUGCGGCGCGACCUGGAGGAGUCAACGCUGCACCACGAGGCCACAGCCGCCGCGCUGCGCAAGAAGCAGGCGGACAGCAUGGCCGAGCUCGGAGAGCAGAUCGACAACCUGCAGAGGAUCAAACAGAAGCUGGAGAAGGAGAAGAGCGAGAUGAAGAUGGAGAACGACGACCUGUCCGUUAACAUGGAGACAGUCGCAAAAACAAAGGUCAACCUGGAGAAGACGUGUCGCUCUCUUGAAGAUCAACUUUUGGAGUUAAAGACGAAGAAUGAUGAAAACACACGACAAAUCUCUGACCUGACCAAUCAGAGGGCUCGAUUCCAAACUGAGAAUGCUGAAUAUUCCAGACAAAUGGAAGAGAGAGAGAGUUUGAUCUCUCAGCUGACGAGAGGGAAACAGGGAUUCACGACUCAGAUCGACGAGUUAAAGAGACUCAUCGAGGAGGAGACAAAGGCGAAGAACGCGCUGGCUCACAGUCUGCAGUCGGCACGCCACGACUGUGACCUGCUCCGCGAGCAGUUUGAGGAGGAGCAGGAGGCGAAGGCCGAGCUGCAGCGAAGUCUGUCCAAAGCAAACACGGAGGUCGCUCUGUGGAGGAACAAAUACGAGACGGACGCCAUCCAACGCACCGAGGAGCUCGAGGAGGCAAAGAAAAAGCUGGCUCAGCGUCUCCAGGAGGCCGAGGAACAGAUCGAGGCGGUGAACUCGAAGUGCGCCUCACUGGAGAAAACCAAGCAGCGACUCCAGAACGAGAUGGAGGAUCUGAUGGUGGACGUGGAGCGAUCCAACAGCUUAGCAGCCACGCUGGACAAGAAGCAGAGGAACUUUGACAAGAUUCUGGCCGAGUGGAAGCAGAAGUUCGACGAGUGUCAGGCGGAGCUGGAGAGCUCUCAGAAAGAGUCUCGCUCUCUGAGCACUGAGCUCUUCAAGCUGAAGAACUCCUAUGAGGAGGCGCUGGAUCACCUGGAGACCAUGAAGCGGGAGAAUAAAAACCUGCAGCAGGAGAUCUCAGACCUGACGGAGCAGCUCGGGGAGGGCGGGAAGACGAUUCACGAGCUGGAGAAGUUCAAGAAGCAGGUGGAGACGGAAAAAUACGACAUGCAGACGUCUCUGGAGGAAGCUGAGGCCUCCCUGGAACAAGAGGAGUCGAAGAUCCUGCGCGCACAGAUGGAGCUGAACAUGGUGAAGGCCGAGGUCGACCGGAAGGUGGCGGAGAAGGACGAGGAAAUCGACCAGCUGAAGAGGAACAGCCAGCGGGUGAUGGAGUCCAUGCAGGCCACGCUGGACGCAGAGGUGCGCAGCAGGAACGACGCACUGAGGGUGAAGAAGAAGAUGGAGGGAGACCUGAACGAGAUGGAGAUCCAGCUGAGUCACGCCAACAGGCAGGCGGCCGAGUCCCAGAAACAGCUGAGGAACCUGCAGGGACAGCUCAAGGAUGCCCAGAUCCACCUGGACGAUUCGGUCAGAGGGCAGGACGACAUGAAGGAGCAGGUGGGCAUGAUGGAGCGCCGCACGGUGCUGAUGCAGGCGGAGAUCGAAGAGCUUCGAGCCGUCGUGGAACAAACGGAGCGCAGCCGAAAGACCGCCGAGCAGGAGCUGGUGGACGCCAGCGAGCGUGCAGGACUCCUACACUCUCAGAACACCAGUCUUCUAAACACCAAGAAGAAGCUGGAUUCAGACGUAACUCAGCUUCACACGGAGAUAGAAGAAGCUGUUCAGGAGGCGAGGAACGCCGAGGAGAAGGCCAAGAAAGCCAUCACUGACGCUGCCAUGAUGGCCGAGGAGCUGAGGAAGGAGCAGGACACCAGCGCUCACCUGGAGAGGAUGAAGAAGAACCUGGAGGUGACGGUCAAAGACCUGCAGCACCGACUGGACGAGGCGGAGAACCUCGCCAUGAAAGGCGGGAAGAAGCAGCUGCAGAAGCUGGAGGCUCGGGUCCGUGAGCUGGAUAACGAGCUGGAAGCUGAGCAGAAACGAUCAUCGGAGGCCAUCAAAGGAGUCCGUAAAUACGAGAGGAAAGUCAAAGAGCUGACCUAUCAGACUGAGGAAGACAAGAAAAAUAACAUCCGGCUGCAGGAUUUAGUCGACAAGCUGCAGAUCAAAAUGAAGGCUUACAAACGACAUGCAGAAGAAGCUGAGGAGCAGUGUAACGUGCACAUAGCCAGAUUAAGGAAGGCUCAACACGAGCUGGAGGAGGCCGAGGAGAGAGCCGACGUGGCCGAAUCUCUGGCCAAUAAAAUGCGAUUAAAGAGCCGAGAGAUUGGGACGAAGGCUCCUGAAGGACAGGGCGAGUAGCUAAAUGUCUGAACACCAGCGGAGAAAACUGUGCACGACACAAGUGUUUCAGAGCAAAAUAUAUAAUAGUAAACAUAUUAAUAGCAUAGCAUGUUACACAUAUAUACACAAAAGUACAUCUACUAAAAAACAUCAACUAACAUCAAACGUCAAAUAACCCGAAUAUGAUUUCUCACUUUCUUCUCUGGGCUUCUGUAGAAAUUACAUUAAAUAUCCUGUUAGAUAACUGACAAAAUAAUAAUGUUUUUGUUUAUCUGUCCAGUUGUUUUUCAAUGCUACAUUUAUGAAUAAUUCUCCGUUGUUGUAUACAAGCAGUUUAUUAUUAAUUUUGCAUUAUGUUUCAGCUCCAGCUUCACUGUGUCACAGUUAGAUUCAGUAAUAUAAUUAUUUCUCAUUUUUUCUGGGUAUAUUUAAUAUAAAAGCACAAUAAAUAAACUGGCAAGAUAUGUUUGAAAUUUAUUUCCAGGUUUUCAAGGCCAGGUUGUGAGGAGGAUCCAGUUUUAAAACCUUCAAUUAUUCAUAUAUUUUAUUGUGCUCAGAUGUGACAUAUUCCUAAAUGUUUGCCUGAAUAUUUGCAGCACAGGAACACUGAACAUGUUACAGAGAGAGUGGGAGGAACAGUGGGAGGUUACUGAGGGUCCAGCAGCUCAUUUUCACCCUGAGGCACCUGAGUGUCUUCAUCUUUAAACAUUAUAUUUAAUAUUUAAUAUCUAUGUUUCAUUCAUCCUCCUUCAGUCAUCAUCAUAUCCCAUUUUCAAAUCCAUGUCGUCCUUUUCAAAUAUCUUUCACCUGUCAUGGUUUAGCUUCUUGUCUUUGCUGUUUGUUUUUAGUUUUAGAGCUGAAAUAAAUGCUUG